UCUUCGCGCGGUCUUUCCCUCUUUCGGUCUGUCUUCUGCAAGUCUGCAACUACCGAAGAAAGACUUCUCCAUGAAAUCUCCAUCCCGAAUGUAAGGAAAUAGAAGAAUCCCCUCCACUACAGGCAUCUGAUUGCUUGGUUCGGUCUUUCUACCUUGUUUACUUCUUUCAAUAACGCAAUAGACAAGCAUUUCUUCCGACGUUGGAACUUGGAAGUACUACAUUAUGCUGUCAAAGAAAAGGGGUCUUUCUUUAGAAGAGAAGCGAGAGCAGAUCCUUCAAAUCUUUUAUGAAUCCCAGGACUUUUUUCUUCUUAGAGAGCUCGAGAAGUUGGGCCCCAAGAAAGGUGUUAUCAGCCAGUCUGUGAAGGAUGUCGUCCAAAGUUUGGUGGAUGAUGACCUUGUUUCAAAAGACAAGAUAGGCAGUUCAGUAUACUUUUGGAGCCUUCCUAGUUGUGCUGGAAAUCUGCUUAGGAACGUAUACCGCAAACUGGAAGCUGAUAUUGAAAGCAGCAAGAAGCGUUUUUCUGAACUUACUGAGUACAGGAAUAGCUUAAAGAAGGGCAGAGAGGAAACUGAUGAACGAGAGGAGGCUUUGAGUGAGUUGAAAGCUAUUGAGAUAAAGUACAACCAGCUGAAGGAAGAAUUGGGGAGAUAUGCAGAAAAUGACCCAGCUGCUCUUGAAGCAAUGAAGAAUGCAAUUUCAGUUGCCCAUGCAGCAGCUAAUAGAUGGACAGAUAAUAUCUUCACAUUACGUCAAUGGUGUUCAAACAAUUUUCCUGAGGCCAAAGAGCAGCUUGAACACAUGUACAAGGAGGUGGGUAUGGGAGAUGAUUUCGACUAUUUGGAACCUGCAGUUUUGGUUUCAGCCAGCGCAGUUGGUGAAUAAAUGCUAGAAGCUAUUCGAAAGAUAAUUUGUUAUUCUCAGAAACCAUGUAUAUGUUAAAUUUUCAAAAGUUAGCAGGUAACAUUCCAGCUUAAAAAGAAGCCAAGAAGAAGGGUAAAGUUGUAUUCCCUCAAACAUCGAAAUUAUAUUUGCCUUUUUUUUUAAUUUUUCCCAGUUGAUAAAUGGUGUAUAACAACUUGAUGCUUUUUACUAAUACAAUGAAUCGGAGUUUGGUGGUUGAA